AUGGCUGACCAAGAUGAUGGGGGCCUGAAGCUCGUGAUGUCCCAAAUCGAGCAGCUCAUUUGCGGCCUGCUGGCAUCACAGGACCUACAGUGCGUGGAUCGCAAGUUCUCCAGCCCGGUCCAAAUCAGAAGGCCAUCAAGGAAGGCAUCCAUAACGAACUCGGCGGAAAUCCCGCACAUGGUGCCGGAACUUGGCCCCUUUCCGGACCCCCCAACGCCGACCCUCAAUCCCAAGACCCUGAAGCCACAAAAUUCAGGGGUCUCCAAGCAGGCAUCCCUGCCACCAAACUCGACACUCUCUGUCUCGAAGGUGGUGUCCAACCCUCACAGUCGUCAGGUGACUCCCAGCGACGACGGUUCCACAGACGGGAUGGAAGGCCUCUACAGGCUACACCACGGAUGGGAGAAGAGGGUUCAGGAGCAUUCGUCCUAUCGGCUGAACAAGACCGGGCCCACCCGAACCCACUCCACGAAUCUGGUUCCCUCCACUCCCCACGGGCCCCACUCCAAGGGCUGGUGCCCCCCAGACUGGAAGUUUCUCUGGUCCCUCGCCGCGGGCUCUCUGAUUCUCUUCGACUGCAUCUCAAUACCCCUCUUGGGCUUCGCUGUCCGGGAGCCCUGGGUCUUCGACCUGAUCCGGAUUCUGUUUUGGACAUUGAGCCUGCCCUUUCUUUGGAGGAGUCACGGUGGAUGCAGCUCCUAUGCCCUCGCUGAUCUCGCCGUGGAGGUUUUCCUGGUGAUCCUGAUCUUCUGCGCCCUGAUCCAGGGAAGCAGCCUUUCGACGGAGGCACAAUUCUUCCUGCGAGGCCCAGAGCUUAUCCGAAUGCGUCAUAUCCGCCGACUUCAUGGCUUGCGCAUGUUCCCGCGCUUCCUCGUUAGGUGGAAUCGCGGCGAGUUGCGGAGGCUGGAGAUGCGGGCCGCGGCAAACAUCUGCAUCACGUUGCUGCUGUGCGCGAUUGGCGUGCACGUGCUGACCUGCACUUGGUUUGCUGCCGGAAGCUCCCCGAGCGGAUGGGCGGAGGAUGCUGGCCUCCUUGAGCAGCCGUUCCCGGAGCAGUACCGCAUGACAUUGGAAUUUGCGCUGUCCCGGAUACCUCCAUCGAAGACCACUGACAACAUUAUGCUGACUACACAGGCGGAGCGAGGAAUAGCUUUGACGGCAACGGCUGCAGCAAUAUUAAUCGGGUCCAUUUUCACUUCCAUCGUCACGAACGACAUGUCGGAUAUCCGCCGUGUGCGGCGGCAGCAGGGUGAAGCAGAUUGCCAACUCUCGGACUUUCUGGAGACAUAUCGGGUUUCUUGGAAGUUGGAAUGUCGCUUGAAGGACUAUCUCAAGCAAACGGUGAAGAGAGUCACCGUGCCUUCCAAGCACGAAAUUGCUUCACUUCUACCCGAAUUGUUGCACGCAGAACUAUGCGGCGAGGCUUUCGGUGGCAUAGUGGCCUGCCAUCAGACGUUCUACUCCUUGAUGUUGAAGUACCCAGACUUCCAGUACGACCUGUGUGUGCAAGGUCUUUCUGAUUGGACACUGGCACCGAAUGAGACCUUGUUUUCUCCGGGGCUACGAUGUGACAACAUGUUGUUCGUGGCAUACAAUUUCGUGCUGUACAAGCAGAAGGGCAUCGUUACACAGACAGAGCGGAGCAGCCCUCACACAGCGAAGACUUGGUCCAUUAACCGUGCAACGACUUGGGCUACAAUGUCUCCGAUAACUGCAAGCCAGCAGGUUCAGAAUUUUGUCAAGUCGGGGAAGUCUCAGAAGAGUCAGACCCCUGUUUUGCGUGUCACGCCUGGUCACUGGAUGUGCGAAGGGACGCAAUGGCAGUACCUGGGGCAAGCAGUUGCCGGCUCCAGCACCAGCCUGCUGUGCUUGAGCUACCAGCAGCUCCACUCUGUAACGGCGAGACAUCCCGAUGUCUCUGCGGAGCUUGUAAUUCAUGCGCGGCUCUUCCUCAGUGCGCUGAACGAAAUAGCAGAGGAUGAGCUGCAUGAUCUGAGCGCGGUCUUGUAA